AUGAAACUGAUAGUUGCAAUCCCAGCAACUAAUUUGUUAGCUGCAGACAGUUUAGGAAUCCAAUCCCAGCUCACUUCAGCUUUGGUUACUGGAAACUAUGAUAUGUUACAAUUUGCUUGUCUCCCACAGAAAGCCACUUUAAUUCCUGGAGGGAGUGAGUCCCUUGUAUACACUACCUUGAGUGGCACUGUUGGAGUUCUGGUACCAUUUACAUCAAGAGAAGACCAUGAGCUUUUCCAAAACUUGGAGAUGCACAUGCGUUCAGAGCAUCCACCACUCUGUGGACGAGACCACCUCUCCUUCAGGUCUUACUUUUUCCCCGUAAAGAAUGUCAUAGAUGGAGACUUGUGUGAGCAGUUUAACAUGGUAGAUCCAGGAAAACAGCGCAGUAUUUCUGAAGACUUGGAUAAGACUCCUAAUGAACUUUCAAAGAGACUAGAAGACAUUAGAACUCGCUAUGCCUUCUAAGCAGGGUUUAAUAUAUUUGUGCCUAUUAAUAUUUCACAGGAAUGAGAAAUUUUAAAUAAAAUACCCUUAUGGCGACAGCUUGUAUCCAUGUUGUACCAAGCCAUGUAGUGUGUACUUCUCGCAGUCGGCUACUCAAGUAAAUAAAUAAAAUAUGGAAGGCAUACAUUUUGUCCAUUGUUUAGGAUUUUAGUUGAAGCAUAUAUGAUCUUUCUAUAAAAGAGGCUAAAAAGAGAUGUACCAAUAAAUAUCAGUAAUAAUCAUCAUUAUUUUUAUCAUUAUGAUAUGGUUAUUGUAGUUAUUUUUCUUUGGAUGUGUAUACCAGUUAGAGUGGACUUACAAGCCUUUGAUUUAUCAUAUUAUAUAUUUUUUUUUUGUAUUUAGAUUUUUUUACAUCCUUCAGCUGCAACUUUUCUUAAAUUUCUGAAAGUGAAAAUCACUCUAGAGAACUGAUACUGUUAGUACAAUAAGGGUAAACUUGGGAAUUAUAUAUGAAAAUCACUCUAGAGAACUGAUACUGUUAGUACAAUAAGGGUAAACUUGGGAAGUAUACAUGCUUGUUGUGGUUAUUCAUAAGCCAAAGGACCUUUUAUGGGCAACUAUGACCUCCAGCUUCCAGAUUGGACUGCUAGAGACGAGAUGUAUUGGAUUUUGGAACAAUCCAUUAGCUGUCCAGUUCCCAGAAUGCUGCAAAAUGAAUCAUGUGUGUACACAUUCAUGUGUAUGUAGGUAUGGGUGUGCCCAGUAGGUGUGGUCGAGCGAAAAUAUGAUCCUAUGAUCCUAAAGGAUCAUAUACAUUUUUUAAUAUGCACCUAAUCACCAAGUACCAAGAUUUUUUUGAUAAAAUGAAGGAGGUGCACAAUCUUUGAUUAGAAUUACCUAAUAAGUUUCUAGUUUGUAAUAAAUGGGAUGAGAUACAAGAUUUAAAAUGUA